AUGUCUUACUACGGCGAAAGAGACAACUACUACGGCGGUCCGCCCCAACAACCCUCUUACAACCGCCCACCAUACGACCGUCCCCCCUACGACCGCCCCCCCUACGACCAGCAACAGCAACAACAGCAACAACAGCAACAACCCCCACAAUACGGCCGGCCCCCGUACGACCGCCCGCCCCAGGACUCCCCCUCUUACGACCGCCCGCCCCAGGGCUCCCCCUCCUACGACAACCGCCCCCCCUACAACCAGGCCCCCUACAGCCAAUCCUCCGACCGCUCCGCCUCCUACGACCCCUCGCGCCCCCGCUACGAAGGCGCCCCCUACAGCAACUCGCCCGCGCCCUCCGGCGCCCGCCCCCCGCAGAUGCCCCCGCCGCCCCUCCCCUACGGCUGGGCCCAGGAAUGGGAACCCAGCGUGCGCCGCGCCUACUUCGUCGAAACUGCCACCGGCCGCACCCAGUGGGAAACCCCCUCCCAGGGCGACGGCUCGCGCGCCGUCGCGCCCCCGGAGUCCGCCGGCUACUAUGCCAGCCCCCCGCCGCAAAAUGGAGGUUAUUACCCCCCGCCGUCUGGGUAUCCGCCGCAGCAGGGCGGCGAGGGAUAUCCGCCGGCAGAGGAGAAGAAGAAGUCGAGUGGCAUGGGUAGGAUGAUUGCGGGUGGUGUGGCGGGUGUGGCGCUGGGAGCGGCCGGCAUGGCGCUUUGGGAGCAUGAGAAGCGCGAGGAUGAAGAGGACGAGGAGCUUAAGCAGAGGGUGGAGGCGCUGGAGGAGGACCGCGAGUAUGACGAGGCUCACUCGCCUGCCGCGGAUGAUUGGUAG